AUGAAUCAGAAGUUAAAGCAAAUAUUUUCUUACUUCAGAUACUCUCAAGUUCUUUCUGCUCUUGCAGCUGAUGUGAUUCUCUUCAAUUCAGCAUAUAAUAUGAAUAGUUUCUAUGAGCGCGUGCCGGCUUUUCUGACCUCAGGUCUUCCCACUCCACCAAGUCCACGCAUGCCAAAUCCUCGAAGGUUGGUAGAGGAGCUUUUGAAGCCGAAAUCAAGAGUUCUCUACUUCCCUGUUGAACCACCUCCAUUGGAAAGGAUGUUGAGUGAGGAAAUCCUCCAAGAUGCAAUCCUACUGCAAGCGGAGAGAAUUAAGGCUCGCGGAAAAGAACCCUUGAGGAUCUUGUGGAAUCAUAGAUGGGACUACGAUAAAAAUCCAACUGACUUUUUUCGAGUUAUAUUUAACCUUGCCGGUAUUAGUGUCGACGAAGACUUUUUCGAUCUCGGUAAAAGUACUGUAAGACCUUCUGUGGGGAUUACAAACAGUGCUUCUGCUGAAACAGAACCCCGACCAUUAUCUCCAAAGCGAACACCCCCAAACUUUCAGUUAAUAGUGAUUGGUGGGACGACACAAGAUACUCCACGAAUAUUUCAUAUGGCCAAACCACUUCUUGCAGCAAAGGGACUCAUCAAUACUUGGGGUUAUCUUGAAUCCCGAGACGACUACUGGAAAGCUUUGGCUGAUAGCGAUGUUGUCGUCUCCACAGCAAAUCAUGAAUUCUUUGGAGUUUCGGUGGUUGAAGCAGUCUCUGUAGGCUGUGUUCCCCUCCUCCCUCAGAGACUGGCUUAUCCCGAGUUGGUGAAAGAGCCUCUUUGUCUUUAUCGCACACUACCGCAAAUGGAAAAGCAGUUGAGGAAGUGGAUCAUCGCUCCUGAUAGGCUAAGAGUGGAUUUGGCAAAUGCGUUUCUAGCAAAUUGUCAAAAAGGAGAAUCGAGCAGCAAACUCUGGCUUAAGGAGGACAUUAAUUGGCUUAAAUGUCUCAAGCAGAAGUAUCUGGAUUUUUCUGUGGAACUGGAAUGA